AUGCGCUCCUCCCCCCCGUCACCUUGCAUCCUCUUGCCAUCGCAGCUUCUCUUCCGCGCUACUCUUGGGUUCUCAACGCUCCUUCCUUCCUAUCUCCCCCUCAAGCUCGUGUGCAUCACUGUGGGUUUUCCUGCCCGUGGUGCAGCUGCUGUGUUAUCUUCUGCCAUCUCCUGUCCCUCCCCCAUCCCCUAUUCAGUGCUUCCUCUAGCCCGCUCGCUUGCCUGUGCUUGCCCUGCCAGCACCACUGCAGCUUCGGAGAUGGCGUGUCUGCAUCCUCUUGCCUACUCCCCCCCUCCCCCAUCCCAGUACGAGGCUCGGGGCCGGGUGGUACCUGCCUGCCAGGCCUGCUUCCUCUUCCACUCCCUCCCCUCCCCCACCCGCUUAGGGGGGGCUCUGGAGUGUAACGCUCGUCCAUUCCGUGCUUCUUUCCAGCCCGUUUCCUUUGCCGUGGCUGCCUUGCCAGCACCACAGCAGUUUAAGAUUCGCGAAGCAGUGGAAUAUCAGACAACUCACUUCUCUUUUGUCUCCAUUCCUGCACGCUUCCACCGUUUCUACUCAUCUGCGUCCUUUGCCAUCUCCCGCCUCCCCCCAUCCCCAUACGGGGCACUGGGGACUAACGCUUUCCCCUUCUGUGCUUCCUUCUACCCCGUUUGCUUGUUGCGGAGCCUCUUCCCUGCCUGCUUGCACCUGCCAGGACGGGAAGCAAUGUCGUUCAGCUUAUGA